AUGUCGUCCGCGCAUUGGGCGCACGCGGAGAUUCGUCGAUUGCGUCGAUUGGACGCCGAGCGCGUCGCGGGGGCGUUUGGAGAGGUCGCGUUCGUCGGCUCGAGCGUCUUUCGCGAGUGGCGGGAGAUGCGGGAUUUCGAGCGGGAUUGGCGGGCGUUGAUGCGACGACGAGGCGUGCGCGUGAUGAAUCGCGCGUUCGGGGGGAGCGAGACGAGGGAUUUGUUGACGUACGCGGAUGAUUUGACGCGCCGGGAGACGCGCGCGGUGGUGUAUUAUUGCGGCUCGAACGACGUCUCGAACGGGGCGCGCGCGAGGGAGGUGCGGGAUAACUUUGUGGCGUUCGUGGAGUCGCGACGACGGGUCUCGGGGGGGAAGUUGGGCGUCGUGUACGUGUCCGUCAUCGAUUCGCCGCAAAAGCGCGCGUGGGGGUUGAGCGACGUCGUCCGGGACGUCAACGCGCUGUGUGAACAGUGGUGCGCGGAGAACGGACCGUCGUGUGCGUACGUGGACCUCUCGCGCGUGUUCGAGGAUCCCGUCACGGGGGCGUUGGCGCCGCUUUUCAGAGAGGACGGUACGCAUCUCGUGCCGAGCGCGUACGACGGCGUCAUCGAGGCGAUCGAACCCAAGCUCGACGACGUGCUUCGAGAGGUGUUAGAGAGCGGUGGCGACGGCGAGGGCGACGGCGAAGAUGACGACGCGUUUCUUCCGCCGUCCAUGCGACGGUGA